CCCACCGUGGAAUACUUCGCCCAGCUACUCUCCUAGAUGGAAUAACACACAUCUUACAUCGCCGGAGAGCUGAACACCGCAGCCAUGGACGACAAGGGCAAGUCCACGGCGCUCAUCCGCAAGCGGCAGGACACUGAGUUGAUGCCGCCGCCAAUCCAAGCGAAGAAGAUUAAGCGGCCGAAGAAAGUGCUAGAUGAAGAUUCUUAUACUGAGGCUCUCUCACAAAUCAUCGCGCGCGACUUCUUCCCUGGCCUCCUCGAAUCGCAGACUCAGCAAGAGUAUCUCGAUGCUCUUGAAUCAAAAGACCAAGCAUGGAUAUCAAGUGCGAGCCAGCGUCUGAAACAUGUCAUGACGCCGGGCAGAAAGAGACACCCUGCUGCCAUGCGCCCGAUCGCAAAUGCAGAUGAGACGCCCAUGUCCUUUCGCGGUGACACACCAGCGUCAGUGGCAUCUGCCGCCACCACAACACAGGAGCCCCAGCUUAACCUGAACAUGAGUCUCUCGAAGUUCCAGGAGACAUAUACCAGCGAGGACAAUGAGAGCUUCUACAGGUUGGUCGACAAGCAGAAUCAGAAAAAAGCAGAAAAGUACGAGUGGCUCUGGCGUGGAGGCAACAAAAUGCCAUCCAAACAAAUGCUCGCCCAGAAACAAGUUACAGACAGACUAGCCGCCGAAGGACGCCUUAUCGACGACGGAUUCAAGCGUGAAAGACUAGCCAUCAAGGACGCUGAUGAGCGCCCAGCUCGCCCAGAUGCAUGGAACGCAAACCCAAGAAACGGCCUAAUGUUCUCACCCGAACUGGAUGAGGGGACUCCAACAGUGGCACAAGCAGCAGAAGAUGCCUCUCGCAUGGCACCCAAGUCUAUCCAUUACGCCAAUACCCGGAUUCCCGAGCCCAAUGUCCCCGAAAGACCACCGUCCCCGACCAUGUCAUCGGUUCGUGACGCCAUUGCUGGAAAGCCUCGAAAGACAGACCGCGACUCUAGCAUUGUAAGCGGUGGCGAAACCCCCCGUGUUAAUGGAUACGCAUUUGUCGAUGAUGAGGACGAUGAGGAAGAUAUAACACCUGCUCCGAUCAUCAACCUCGGCCCUGGUGAUGCUUAUAAUCCGUUCAGGCUUCAAGAGCAGCGCAAGAGAGAGACCAUUCAUGAGAAGAUGGUGGAGAAGAUUGCUCGAUCUAAAAAGGAGGCUUCAAGAAACGGUGCAACGGGCCGAGUUGCAGAGCUCCAGACUCCGAAAUUCCCAAGCAGUCCCAAAGUCUCUGGCAACUUGAGUCCUGCUGGCCAGCGGCUUUGGGGCCAGAUCGGCUCGCCCAGACGAAUGACACCCGGAAGUUCGUUUGGAGAGCCUACACCAAGACGAUCUCGUGGUUCGUUAUUGAACCCGAUAGGCAAAGGGAAGGGGCCUUCGAAAUAGGCGUGUGUAAAGAUACUGGUGGUGCAUGUGUACAAUAGAUGGACACUGAGGCGUUGGAGCAAUGUAUUUUAGAGCAUAUUAUUAUGACUAACGAAUUUUAAUGACAUUUUAAUACCCAUUA